UACCAUUACAGAAAAAGCAUGAUCGUUGCUGUGGUUCUGUCGACACCAGAACAAAUAUUAACACGGCAAAUUAUCCGAAAUUCGUGGGCGUCACCUUCAAGGUCGCAAGCUGUGAGGGAUGGAAUCGUCACAGUUUUCUUCAUUGUCGGUGCACCGAAAUCGGAUAUUGAAAUGGAAAGACUACUGGCAGAGCAGAGAAUUUAUCAAGACAUGAUCGUGACCGAUUUGAAGGAUACCUACGAGAAUUUGGUGUUGAAAGUUAAUGUAAUGCUGAAUUUCUUCAUAUACAACUGCCGUAAAGCCAAUUAUUUGAUAAAAGUCGACGACGACGUUUCUGUUCAUCUUGAUCGUAUGCUUGCCUACUGGAGCCAGACAAGCCGGAAUAAAGCAAAAAUAUACUGCCGAUUGUGCGUAUUGUGUCCUCCUUUUCGAAAUGAGAGUGAUAAAUGGUACAUAUCACGACAGUACUGGGGCAGAAGGACGUACCCAACCUACUGCCAUGGAUCCUUUUACCUAAUAGGAAGAAGUGCUGCUCAAGGUAUUCUCAGAGAAACGCGUUACUUUGAACCGAUCCCUUUUGAGGUGAGUUGUUCUACAGUGGUCUCGAAAAUAAAAUCUGGCGGUGAAAUAAUAAUAUUAACAAUAGUAAUUAUGCGGAGGAGGUGUAAUGGUAAAUGGCGCCCUAUCUGGUCGCAGCGGUCAGGGGCUCGAGUCGCUGAUCGAUAUCCGCCUAGGUCAAUCAAGCCGUUCAUUCUUCCAGCGUCGGUGAAUUAA